AUGAGGCUUACAAUCGUCAUAACAGCGUUCGCGUUGUUGGGCAAUGCACUCUCCAACUUCUAUACCCCUCAUGGCGUUAUGUGUCCUAGGGAAGACCUUAUCAGAAACUCAAAUACUGGCUUAUCAGAGCAAGAACACUCGUAUAUCAAGAAUCAUCAUUAUUUGACUCAGAAUCAUCUAAUCAAGUUUCUCCAGAACGCUAGCAUUCCUGAUUUUGAUAUUAAUGACUUCCUUCACAAGACAUCCCAGCGGCCGAUCAACUUAGCGAUUGCGGUUUCAGGUGGAGGAUACCGGUCCAUGCUUACUAGUUCGGGGUUUUUGCUGGGUAUGCACAGUCGCGGCCUUUUCAACUGCGCCAGCUACAUUGCUAGUAUCUCAGGCGGCAGUUGGACGUUAAUGCGCUUACUUCUAACGAACUUCAAUAUCGAAGAGCUUAAAGAGUGGAACAUCAACAGCAGCCUACUAGAGGGCGUGCCCAACUUUGAGAUCAAGAAUCGGGAUAUAAUCCAGCAGUUUGAAGCCACAGCUAAUUCUCCAGAGUCCAUAACUCACACCUCACAGGAGGUAUUCAUGGACGAGGACUUCUAUAGCGAAUUACAGGACCAGGCCUCCAUAUGGAAGCGCAGCCUAGCCUUGGGACCGGCAGGCGAACUGCCAACGUUUUCGGAAUUUUACGAUAGGCUUGAACGCAGCUGGGCUCAGCUGGACCACUCUCCGCACCACAAACGGUCGAUUGACACCCUCCUAAAACUAAAGGAAACGUUCGAAGAUGUGUUCAAGGCCGAUAGCGAAGACGGCGAGGUCAACCAGAUCCGCAAGCUGGAGGAAAUGAUGGACUCGUUCUCAAGCUUCCGGAAGGUGCUCAGCUUUUACAUCGACCUCCACUCCGAAGUGCGCCCCAAGAAGAUCAUGGGCUUCCCGGUUUCCUUUACCGACUACUGGGGACGCGCCCUUUGGAAGAAGAUAUACGUCAACGAGUCCAUGAUCAGCUCCAUGUCCGAGUUGUUUGCCCGGAGCGAGAUCACAAACAACUACGAGGCCCCGUUGCCCAUCAUUAUCGCCAACUGUAAAAACGAAGACCUUGUCAACGCCGUGUUCGAGUUCACCCCCUUCGAGUUUGGAUCGUGGAAUCGCCUCCUCGGGCUUUUUGUGAACCUCAAGUACUUGGGCUCGAACUUCACCGAGGGCGUCGCGCAGAGCUGCGUUCAGGGCUUUGACGACAUCGGGUUCAUCACCGCCACGUCCUCCUCGCUUUUCAACAACGUCCUUAUCUACGCUUGGAAGCUCGCCUCCGAGUCCUCGCUCAAGACCAUGAAGGCCAUCCGCGCGCUCUUCUCCACCUUCGGCGUGAACCUGAAGAACAAGCCCAACAGCUUCUUCGGCACCCGCUCAGACUUCGCGCUCUUUCAGCCCAACCCCUUCUAUCGCUACCCCGGCGUCGACUCGCCGUUGACUAACUCGGACAAGCUCUACCUCGUCGACGGCGGCGAGGACGGCGAGAACAUCCCGCUCCGCCCCUUCUUGCAGCCCGAGCGCCAGGUCGACCUCAUCUUCGCCCUCGACUCCAGCUCCGGCCGCAUCAACUACCCCACCGGCGGCAUCCUCCGCAACCUCUACGACAACCUCCACGCCACAGACGGCGCCGCCGCCGUCGUCCAGACCGGCGACGUCCAGAGCGUCACCGACCUCCUUCCCUACAUCCCCUCCGCAGAGGAGUUCGAGGCCAAGGGCUUGCUCAAGCGCCCCGUCGCCUUUGGCUGCUACCCGGAGAGCUACCACAUCCGCAAUGCCUCGGCCACCGCCGCGCCCGGAAAGCUCCCCCCCAUCGUCUUCUACCACGCAAAUCGCAACAGCACAUACAACUCCAACACCUCUACCUUCAAGCUCCGCUACAACCACUCCGAGGUCCAGGGCAUGCUCGAGAACGGCGCUAGUCUAUUCACCCACGACAACAAUACCGCCUAUUUCCAGUGUGUGGGCUGCCUUGUUGUUAAGCGCGCCUACGACAAUGUGAACGCAUCUGCCAAGCUCCCCCCGACCUGUCAGCAGUGCUUCCGCAGGUACUGCUACAACUAG